AUGGCAGAUAUUAUUAACAUAAAAAGACCACUUAGUUUCUGGACAGAACUAGCUGCAUAUAAUUUAAUUAUAUCAAGUAAAGAAGAAUCAGGAAUAGAACGUGCAUUAGGGAGCACAUAUUUCGCAAGAGGGAAUCUUCCGCUAGAAGAUCUUUUAUGGUAUACUGAAAAGAACGUUUUAAGCAUUCGGCUUCUAGAUCAAGGAUUACAGUUCUCUUCAAAUGCAAAGACGCUUCUUUUUGCGGCUGUUGAGGGCACUAACUUACUCGAUAGUAUCAUGAAAAUGCGACAUCAAAUCAAGACCAACACUCUAUCUACUCCCUCGGUGCAACUGGGUACCUUGUGGUUCGAUAACAUGACAUCAUAUAUCGACAUUUUGAAAUUUGUACAAGACAGCCUUGCCAUUAACAUCGUUCAGAGCGCUGAAGAGGACAUUACAUAUCUAAACAAUCAGUUAGUAGCAAGUAUAGUACAAUUAUGUAUAGCUAUAGCCAUGAUACAAAUCGUGGUGAUCCUUGUGAGGAACAUCGUCAACAUGUCAAGUAGGCUUAAGGUAAAAACUUCCGAUUUAGAAGAAGAAAAACGUCAAACUGAAACACUUUUAACUGAAUUAGAAGAGGAACGUAAUCGAACUGAAGAACUGUUACAUCAACUUCUCCCGAAGUCUGUUGCAAAAACACUCAUGGAAAAUGGAAUCGUCGAUCCGGAAUCAUUUGACUCAGUCACUAUCAUGUUUUCAGAUGUAGUGGGAUUUACUACAAUAGCUAGUUUUAGCACCCCGAUGCAAGUCGUGCAGAUGUUGAAUAAACUUUAUAAGACUAUAGAUGAACACUUGGAGAAAGUGGAUGUCUACAAAGUAGAGACAAUUGGUGACGCUUAUAUGGUGGCAUCUGGCUUACCGAAACGAAAUGGUGAAAAACAUGUUGCGGAAAUUGCUACUCUAGCUGUUAGACUACAGGCAGAACAAAUUCUUAUUCCACAUAAAGAAAACGAAGCUAUACAGCUAAGAAUGGGCUUUAACACUGGUCCAUGUGUUGCUGGUGUAGUAGGAAUAAGAAUGCCAAAGUAUUGUAUGUUUGGUGACACAGUCAACACAGCAUCGAGAAUGGAAUCGAAUGGUUUACCACUCCGAAUACAAAUGACACAAUCAAGUGCGUUUAAACUACAACAAACAGGCCGUUUUGUGAUUUCUGAACGUGGGGAAGUUAAUAUAAAGGGUAAAGGAGUUAUGCUAACUUACUGGCUGGAAGGAAUGGCAGUCCCGUGA